GAAUAGCUUUGAUCAGCUAUCAACUUCCUUGAAUGACAGCAGCCAAUUAACUGUCUUGGAAAGUUACAAACGUUGGCUAUUUAACUGAGUAUAUUUAUAGUUACACUUGAUCUUGGCUAAGAGGGAUCUCUGUCUCCUCCUAAGUGCUUGCAGCCCUUUAAAAUGAGUACUGUGGUCAUAAGUCAGCAACCAGUUGUGGUGACCCAGCCACAACAGGGCGAGUGGCAGACGGAUUUAUGCGACUGCUGCAGUGACGUCGGAGUAUGCCUCUGUGGAUUGUUUUGUUUCACUUGUUUGGGAUGCCAAGUUGCAGCUGACAUGGAUGAAUGCUGCUUGUGUGGCCCAACCAUGGCGAUGAGAUCUGUCUACCGGACUAGAUAUGGGAUCCCAGGCUCCCUCAUGGGAGACUUCUUAGCUACGGGCUGUUGUCCUCUUUGUUCUCUUUGUCAGCUGAAGAGAGACAUCAAUAAGAGGAAAUCCAUGGGAAUCUUCUAGGAAGAUGUGCCUGUAUCCAGCCUCUGUAUAUUCCGCAGUGUUAGCACUGAUGCAACACCCUAAUGAGAAACUUGGCCUUUUUGCUUUGACCAACGUGGCAGGAGUCUGGUCUCCAGUAACUGAUACAGUUUUUAAACUGGAAAAUACUGGAUUCUGUUUUGAAUUUGUGAUUUUGUGAAUGGAUAAUUUUGUUUGGAAAAAAAAUUAAAAAGUAACAUUUUUAA